GUAUAUAAAAAAUAAAUUUGGAUAAUAUUGUAAAAAAAAAAAUAUGGCAAAGCGUGUGAUACAGGACUGCUGUUGGGAACACUGAGUCUUGUUCAGAAGCAAACCCUAGCAUCAACAAAAAACAGAAAAUCAAUCCCAAUUCAUGAGAAUCAAGUGGCAGCAAUAGGAAUCAAUUCCGGUUACAUGCAAUCCCAGUGAUGGCAAAUCUUCCGGUGGAAGUAAUCACCGAAAUCCUGUCCCGUCUGCCGGUGAAGUCAGUGCUGCGGCUCCGCUCCACCUGCAAGUGGUGGCGCUCCCUCAUCGACACCACCCACUUCAUCCUAUUCCACCUCAGCAAAUCCCACACCACCCUCAUUCUCCGUCACCGCUCCCACCUCUACACCGUCGACCUUCAAUCCCUCGAGAAACCCCUCGAAAUCACUCACCCUCUCAUGUGCUACAGCAACAGCAUCAAGGUUCUCGGUUCCUGCAACGGCCUCAUCUGUAUCUCCAACGUCGCCGACGACAUCGCCUUAUGGAACCCUCACCUCCGCAAGCACCGGAUUCUCCCCGCUGACCGCUUCAACCGCCCGGACUCCUCCCUCUUCGCAGCCCGCGUCCACGGCUUCGGCCACGAUGCCGCCUCCAAUGACUACAAGCUCGUCAGCAUUACUUACUUUGUCGAUCUCCACAAUCGCACCUUCGAUUCCCAGGUCCAACUCUACACACUCAAAUCCGACGCCUGGAAAAACCUCCCUAGCAUGCCCUACGCCCUCUGCUGCGCUCGGACCAUGGGCGUCUUGGUUGGCGGUGCCCUUCACUGGGUCGUCACUCGCAAACUCGAACCUGACCAACCCGAUCUCAUAGUUGCCUUUGACCUCACGCUCGAGAGCUUUCGUGAAGUUGAACUCCCUGCAACCGUGAAGGGAAAUUUCGAUAUGGAGGUGGCUCUGUUGGGAGGGUGUCUGUGCCUGGUGGAGAACAGGGGAAGCGGAUUUGACUUCUGGGUUCUGAGAGUGUACGGAUCCUCAGAUUCGUGGGAGAAACUGUUUACCAUAACGCAGGACCAUCUUCACAUUGGAUUGCCAAAAUUACAAUCUGUGAGGCCUUUGCUUUUGGACGGAGACAGGGUUUUGCUUGAACAGAACCGUAGUAAGCUCUGUUGGUAUAACCUCAGAAGUGGCGAUGUGAGUUUCGUUAAAAUACCCGGAAUCGGAAACUCCAUCGAAGGCACAGUUUGCGCUGGAAGCCUUCUCCCACCCACUCUACUGAACCUCCGUGACGAGAGCGAGAUGCACGAACUGGGCCACCAGAAGAAUAGGAAGAAAAGGGAUGACUUCCUGUCUAAGGGGUUCAAAUUGACGUUGUAAGCUCGAGCAAAAGAAGAGGACACGGUAUACAGCUGAAACUGGUUUGUCCUGUGAAUUGAAUUGUCUCUUGUUGUGAGAUUAGGCACCCUGGUUCAUGGGAAAUACUUGGAAUGAUCAGUAACAAAACCACUCUUUUUAAUGCUAAUUUCUGGGACGUUCAAUUCCCUCCCUUUACUGCCGCGAGUUUGCUCAUGUUGUUUUUGUCAGGUUUGAAGAGGGACCAAAGUGCUCCAGUUCAAAAUGUUCAAUAUCAAGAAAAACGGUACAUAAGUACAACCUGUUCAUACCAACAAGGAUAAAGAAGAUGCGCCAUGGGCAGUUAAGUUUGUAAUGAGUUCACUGCUCCAUGGGGUGAGGGGUAUGCAUCUGUGUAUUUAAUGGUUGAAGCUACCCACGUAUACAAUACAAGCCACUUUAAUAGAUACAAUCUCACGCACAGUUUUACAUGAAUAGUGCUCUGUCUGAAGAAAGUGAGUUUUGGUCGCUCGAUUGAGAAGGAAAUCAGAACACUUGGAUUUUCUUGCCUGGAUAAGUCAAGGAACAAAUUACUGAAGUAAUCAGGUUUUUUUAGAGUUACUGAAUUUUAACUACAGAUAUGGACACUCUUUUCACGUUAUAGACAGAAUUAUGGAUGACAUGUUUUACUUUUAGGAUUUCUUUUUGUACUUUAAUAUAUGUUAUAUCUAAGUUUUUUCAA